GCGAUUUUCGCACAGAAAACUGAGUCGCAACCCCCACGAAACGGAAAGUUUGUGCAGCGCCACAACGUCGAACUGUGUUUGUGGCACUCGAAUUUGGGACACAUUCCUGUAAAGGACGCAGCUCCGGUCAGCUGCUGUUUUGCAGUUUUGUGCGAAACAGAAAAACGGAAAAUAAAAACAAAAUAAACAAAAUACAAAGGAAAAAACGCGCGCGUUGGAAAAACUGCAGAAUAUUUGAAAGUGUGAAAAAUCGAAAUCAAAAAGUGACUUUAGGGGGAAAUUAAAUCAAAAUAACAUGUUGAAUAAGGCUAUCAAAUUUUGUGUGUGUUUUGCAUUUAUCGAUUUGCAUGUGUGCCGCUGAAAAAUCGAUUAUUAAAGCCAAAGCCCAGUGGCCACUUUCCACUCACUCACACAGCUGGUGGUUGUUGUUGUUGUUGUGAUUGUGAGGUGGCAUUUAGGGGUGGCGGUGGUUGCAUAGAAGAGGGUUGCGUGCCGCAAUGUGGGAAAUCAACAGCAGUGGCAGCAGCAGCAGCAGGAGCAUUAGCAGCGACACACUUCCAACUGUUUUGACGUCGUCGAGUUCCAAUGGCGCUGCUUCCACCGAAUGCUGCAGCGCAGCCUUGCAGCCAUCCAGCGGCGACGCGUUGCAUGUGCAGCAGCAACAGCAGCAACAACAGCAGCAACAGCAGCAGCAGCAGCAGCAGGAUACGAAAGCGAGGAUGACAACGACCACAAGCAUCAAAGGACACAGAUACAGAAACAGUCACAGUCACCGAUACACAGCAACAAUUGCUGCACAAUAGCCCCACAACAGCAGCAUAUUGUGGCCAAGAAAAAAAACAUAAACAAAUAUUAAGAACAAAAAACCAAAGACUAUCAAAUACCAAACGCAUCAAAUCUAUUAAUAAAAAACAGUUGAGUUCAGGACAUGGCACAAAAGUUACGUUAAGUAUACGACGCGUAUUUCCAGCUGCAAAACGAACCAAAAACGAGCCCCGAAAACGAAACGAAACGAAACGCACAGGUGCAUCUCACAAGACCACCUCCCCCGUGAAACCCCUAACCCCUGGUAUCUACACCAAUUGACAAGCAAUCGAGAGGGAAUCCAAUGGAAUUAACCAACAAAUGAAAACAUUCUUUAGUCUCGGCAAUUUUUUAAGUGCACUUUCGUAAGGCUGAUUUUGAAUUUAUUUCGAUGUUGUGCUUCUACACCUCUCUAUAACAAAAAAUACACCAAAAUAAAUGCAAGCAAUGAACCAAGUGAAAGUGAGCCGUGAGUGAUUAGUGAUUAAGCCAAGGCACAGAUACCUAGCAGAAAUCUACAAGAUACUUUUGAAUCUUUGCGAAUAUUGGUUAGGAAACGGCCGCCACAACGGAUAGGCCAAGAGACCUCCUGCUGAUCCAGCAGGCCAAGCCCGCGGGCAGUGGC